AUCCCAAAAUACACCGCUUUUGUUUUUGGGUUCUGUUUUGGAGUUUCCAAAAUAUCUCUCAUUCUCUUCCUAAUUUUUCUUCUUGUUAGUUAUAUAUAGUUCUUAUUAAAACUUUCUUUAUCUUUAUCUCUCUGUUUUUUUUUUUUUUUUUUCUUUCUGAACCCAAAAAGAAAAAAAAAAUGUGUGGAAUACUUGCUGUUCUUGGUUGCUCCGAUGACUCUCAGGGCAAAAGGUUUCGGGUCCUUGAGCUUUCCCGCAGAUUGAAGCACCGUGGUCCAGACUGGAGUGGUCUGUACCAGCACGGAGACUGCUAUUUGGCGCACCAAAGGCUUGCCAUCAUUGACCCUGCUUCUGGUGACCAACCUCUCUUCAAUGAGGAUAACACCGUCGCCGUCACCGUGAAUGGAGAGAUCUACAACCAUGAAGAUCUCAGGAAGCGUCUGCCCAACCACAAGUUCAAGACUGGCAGUGACUGUGAUGUUAUUGCACAUUUGUAUGAGGAGUAUGGAGAAGACUUUGUGGACAUGCUUGACGGCAUAUUCGCUUUUGUUCUGCUCGACACCCGAGACAACACCUUCAUUGCUGCUCGUGAUGCUAUUGGAGUUACUCCCCUCUAUAUUGGCUGGGGUCUGGAUGGAUCGAUUUGGAUAUCGUCUGAGCUGAAGGGCUUAAACGAUGAUUGUGAACACUUUGAGGUCUUUCCACCGGGUCACUUGUACUCGAGCAAACAAGGCGGUUUGAGGCGUUGGUACAACCCUCCAUGGUUCUCUGAGGCCAUUCCAUCUGUCCCAUAUGACCCACUUGCCGUUAGACGGGCUUUUGAGAGUGCUGUGAUCAAAAGGUUGAUGACUGAUGUGCCUUUCGGUGUCCUGCUCUCUGGUGGCUUGGAUUCAUCGUUAGUCGCCUCGAUCACUGCUAGACACUUGGCUGGCACCAAAGCUGCCAAACAAUGGGGAACACAACUCCAUUCUUUCUGUGUUGGCCUACAGGGUUCACCAGAUUUGAAGGCUGCAAGAGAAGUUGCUGACUAUUUGGGGACAGUUCACCAUGAGUUCUAUUUUACCGUCCAGGAUGGAAUUGAUGCUAUUGAGGAUGUCAUCUACCACAUUGAGACUUAUGAUGUUACCACCAUCAGGGCUAGCACCCCCAUGUUCCUCAUGUCUCGUAAGAUUAAGUCGUUAGGUGUCAAAAUGGUGAUAUCAGGUGAAGGUUCUGAUGAGAUCUUCGGUGGAUAUUUGUACUUCCACAAGGCACCAAACAAGGAAGAGUUCCACCAAGAGACCUGUCGCAAGAUUAAGGCCCUGCACCAGUAUGACUGCUUGAGGGCUAACAAGGCAACAUCAGCGUGGGGUUUGGAAGCUCGUGUCCCGUUCUUAGACAAACAGUUCAUUCAAACUGCGAUGUCUAUUGAUCCUGAGCACAAGAUGAUUAAGCCCGAAGAAGGAAAAAUUGAGAAAUGGGUGCUUAGAAGGGCCUUUGAUGAUGAGGAGCAUCCUUAUCUGCCAAAGCACAUUCUGUACAGGCAAAAAGAACAGUUCAGUGAUGGUGUUGGCUAUAGUUGGAUUGAUGGCCUCAAAGCUCAUGCUGCUCAACAUGUGACUGACAAGAUGAUGCUUAAUGCUGCAAACAUCUUCCCCCACAACACUCCCACCACAAAAGAGGCCUACUACUACCGAACCAUUUUCGAGCGGUUCUUCCCUCAGAACUCAGCUAGGCUGACCGUGCCAGGAGGAGCGAGUGUUGCGUGCAGCACAGCCAAGGCCGUCGAGUGGGACGCCUCGUGGUCGAAAAAUCUCGACCCCUCUGGAAGGGCUGCGCUGGGAAUACACGCUUCUGCCUACGACAAAAGCUCGGUUAACAGCGGGGUGGUGCAACCGGAGAUCAUCAAUAACGUACCGCAAAUUGCCGUGAGCACCCCAGGAGUGGAGAUCCUAAGCUAGUGCGUUAAUAAUACUAUGUAAUGGUAGCCGGAAUAAUAAUAAUCUGUAAGGGCCAUUUAAGGCUAUAAUUUACAGCAUUAAGAUGAGAGACUCUCUGCCUUGGCUUGAUAUAUACCGUAUAGCCAGUAUGUAAAAUUUGAGAGAGUACUCUUUUUAUGGUGGUUUGUGAUAUUGGUCUUUACCAAUAUAUAUUGUAAUGUCCUCAAUUAUACAAGUUUUUGAUGUGUGUUUUCCAUAUAUUGGAAUUGUUCAUAUGAUA